AUGCCUUGCAUCCCUGACCAAAGCAGCAAUCCCGUGAAACGGGGGCGACAUGGGCGCCAGCAAUCCGGCGGUGGUGGUGGGAGCUGCCCCCAUAUCCCUGGCGACUAUGGGCCGGGCAAGAACGUCAACUGGGAAGAGGGCCCGUCAGGGCCCGAAUGUACCAGCGAUGACAACUGCGGUGGAGAGCUUUGCACGGGGUAUUACUGCGAUCCAGACCCGGAGAUCCGCCAUCCCCCGGAUUACUAUGACCCCAAGGACCCGGACAACCCUCAUGGGCAGCCCCCGGCGCCUCCCCCGGAGCCAACAUCGACGACCACCACCAACCCCCCAACGCAGACGCCAGAGCCCCCAACCUUAGACUUGUGUAUUGGUAGCACCGUAACGCCCACCGGGCAAUUUCCCGUCUACGCCUACAGCGCCUAUGGGCCGGGCGCCCACUGCUACGGCAUCUUCAUCGUCGACGGCAAUAUCGGCUCAUCCCCCGACAUCCGCGAAGCGCCCAACAGCAAAUUCGCCAUUGAUCAAUGCGGCACGGACAUGACCUUUGUCAAUGAAGGUCCAGAAUUCUUCUCCAAAUGCGGCUUCCAACUGGAUAUUGCGGGCAAGAAGUAUACCCCGCGCCAGCUGGACCCCCUGGAUGAGAAUAACCCGUGCUCGGGCCACUGUGACCAGUCGUCGAUUACGGGACUUUUGUUGUAUGAGAAUUUACAGGUACCGUUUUGUGAUCUAUAG